GCGCGGGCGGGCAGCUCCAUCAACAGGCCAGGCCAGCCUGAAAGGGCCGCUGGUGGGUGGCGCGGCAGGCGCAGGGCCUCGCGACGUGGGCGACGGCAGCAGCACGCCCGGCGCUGGCAGCCCGACGGCCACCUCCGUGUCCCACCCCCGCUACUGCCCCCAUUCUGCGCAAGGCCCCGACAGCAAGGCCGGACCACGCACCGAAUCCUGGACCACCUGUGGCGCCACCGCACCACUCCAGUGUCCCCGGCGACCAUCAAGGCCACGGCCUUUCCUAUCUGGGGACUCGGUUACCGCGGAACCAUGAAGGAAGCAGUUGGCCCAGAAACGAUAAGUGCUAUAAAAGAACUCCCUGGGACAAAGAAGUAUGAAGUGGUUUAUCCUGUGAGACUUCAUCCACUACAUAAAAGAGAAGUCAAAAAGCCAGAGCAACAGGAACAAUUUGAAACUGAAUUAAAGUAUAAAAUGACAGUUAAUGGGAAAAUGGCAGUGCUUUAUUUGAAAAAAACCAAGAAUCUCCUUGCACCAGGCUACACAGAAACAUAUUAUAAUUCCACUGGGAAGGAGGUCACCACAAGCCCACAGAUCAUGGAUGACUGUUACUAUCAAGGACAUAUCAUGAAUGAAAAAGUUUCUGAUGCUAGCAUCAGCACAUGUAGGGGUCUAAGGGGCUACUUCAGCCAAGGAGAUAAAAUGUACUUUAUUGAACCUUUAAGCCUCACGAAUCAGGAUGGACAGGAGCAUGCACUCUUCAAGUAUGAUCCCAGUGAAGAGAAAGAUAACAGCACCUGUGGGAUGGAUGAUGUGUUAUGGACACAUGGAUUGCAGGAGAAUGUUGACUUCUUUGCCACCAGACUAGUUAAAUCGAAUGACCAGAAUGUUCAGAAACAUGAGAAAUACAUAGAAUAUUAUUUGGUCCUGGAUAAUGGGGAGUUUAAAAAGUAUGAUGAAAAUACAGAUGAAAUAAGAAAGAGGGUGUUUGAGAUGGCCAAUUACAUCAACAUGCUUUAUAGAAAGCUCGAUACUCAUGUGAUCUUAGUUGGUAUGGAAAUCUGGACUGACAAGGAUAAGAUAAACAUAACCCCAGAUGCAAACGUCACCUUGGAAAAUUUUUCUAAAUGGAGGGGGAAUGACCUCAUAAGAAGAAAACAUCAUGAUGUUGCUCAGUUAAUCACGGCAACAGAACUUUCUGGAACGACCGUGGGCCUUGCUUUCAUGUAUACAAUGUGCUCUCCUUAUCAUUCCGUUGGCAUUAUUCAGGACCACAGUGGCAAUCAUCUUAGCGUUGCGGCAACAAUGGCCCAUGAAAUGGGCCAUAACUUUGGGAUGUUUCAUGACGGCUAUCGUUGCAACUGCCCUUCUAUAAAAUGUGUGAUGGACAGAGCACUAAGCUUCCAUGUACCCACAGACUUCAGUUCCUGCAGCCGUGUCAGCUAUGACAAGUUCUUUAGAGAUAAAUUAUCAAAUUGCCUCUCUAAUGUUCCAUUGCCUACAGAUAUCAUAUCCAUCCCAGUCUGUGGAAACCAGGUGUUAGAAAUAGGAGAGGACUGUGAUUGUGGGAUACCUGAGGAAUGUACCAACAUUUGCUGUCAAGCUGAAACUUGUAAAAUCAAAGCAGGGUUUCAAUGUGCAUUAGGCGAAUGCUGUGAAAACUGCCAAUUUAAAAAGGCUGGGAAGGUGUGCAGAUCAGCAAAAGAUGACUGUGACCUGCCUGAAAUGUGUGAUGGUAAAUCUAACCAUUGUCCUGAGGAUAGAUUCCAGAUCAAUGGCUUCCCUUGCCAAAAUGGGAUGGGCUACUGCUUGAUGGGGACGUGUCCCACACUGCAGGACCAGUGCACUGGGCUCUGGGGACCAGGAAGUGAGGUUGCAGAUAAGUUAUGUUACAAAACGAAUGAACGUGGAUUAAAGUAUGGGUAUUGUCACAAAGUGAAUGGCACGAUCAUCCCCUGCAAAGCUAACGAUUCUAUAUGUGGGAAGUUGUUCUGUCAUGGUGGGUCAAAUUAUCCACUCUGGAGAGGACGUAUAAUAACUUUCCUGGCAUGUAAAGUAUUUGAUCCUGAAGACAUAAGCCCAGAGAUAGGCAUGGUGGCCAAUGGAACCAAGUGUGGUGACAACAAGGUUUGCAUCAAUGCAGAAUGUGUGGAUGUCGAGACAGCCUACAAAUCAACCAAUUGCUCAUCUAAGUGCAAAGGACAUGCUGUAUGUGACCAUGAGCUCCGGUGUCAGUGCAAAGAAGGAUGGGCCCCUCCCGACUGCAGUGACUCUUCAGUGGCCUUCCACUUCUCCAUUGCGGUUGGCGUGCUGUUCCCAGUGGUGGUCAUCUUUGUGGUGGUUGCCAUAGUAAUCCGGCACCAGAGCUCCAGAGGAAAGCAGAAGAAAGUUCAGAAGGCACCAUCUACUGCUGGCACCAGACCACACAAACAGAAGAGGAGACUUCAGGUGGUGAAGGCUGUUCAACCCCAAGAGAUGAGUCAGGCGAAGCUCCCUGUGUCUGAUCUGCCAGUAGAAGACAGUGAACCUCCAGCUUAUUUUUUAAUUACAAAGCCAGAUUUUCCACCACCACCGAUUCCUACAUCUAUAUCCUCAUCUUUUCUCCAUAAAGACACAAAAGCACUUCCCUCUAAUGUUUUCAAGGAUAAGCCAAUGUCUACACCUAAGGGCUCAAAUCUCAAAGUAUGAAGCAACAGCUAAGUAAGAAUUGAUGAAUAAAUGCUCAACUUGAAAGAUUGGACAAUUGGAAUAAAAAAGAAAUACAUUUACUUUCUCACUGGUGUUUGCUCUUGACAGUCAAGGAGGUUAAUAU